GAGCGAGACGGAGACAGAGCAUGCCCCUCCGCAUUGCGAACACAACACGAGCCGCGAGCGAGCUCAGCCGAGCCCCGCGGAGCCGAGCCGGGCGGGACGCGGGGGGGCCGAGCCGAGCCGAGGCUAUAUAGUUGAGCGAGCUGCGUCGGGGCCAGCCAGUAUAGCGAGCGCGCGGAGCACGCCCGUUGCUGCAGCACGGACGGGAGUUUCGUGCAUCGAAUCACUAUGCGAAACCCCCUUCGUCUAGCCCUGGGCACCGUCACCUUCCUCUCAGUGUUCGCCGCCCUGGGCCUGUGCCUGCCGGCAGGGUCCGGGGCGGACCUGGCCCUCAAGGGGGUGGUCCUGCCCCCCGCGCUCCCCGCGCUGCACACCGAGGCCGUGUCCGUGCUCAACGUCUCCAGGACCCCCGCCGACCCCGGCCUCGGCUUCCCGGGGCUCGUGCACGACGUCCUGCUCGUGGAGCUGCUCGUCAGCGGGUCGCCGGAGCGCGGCAGCCUCCAGGACCUCGCCGAGGACACCCAGUUUCGCCUGACAGCCGACCCCGCGAGCUGUGGCGUCCAGGAUGACGACGACGGCGACGACGACGUCCUACCGCGGUCGUCCACCGUCGAGGUGGCCGACGACGAGGCCGCGAAUGUGAACGCUGUGCGCACUGCCACUGGCACUAGGACUAAAGCCGCCAAAGUCCGGCGCUGGCUAGCGGUGAAACAUAACCUCACCACUUCGCGGUUCUACGUGUGCGCCAGGGCCGCCCGGGCGCGAGCCCCGCCAGGUGGGCAGGGUGACGCGCGUAGUGGCUCUGAGGGCAGGACGUCCCCGCCGUGGAAGCACCAAGGUGCUCAUGUAGUGCUCGACCUGGACGACAGCGACGUCGGCCUGCUCAACCCGUUCGCGCCGCCCGACCUGCACAUCCCACAGCGGCCCCGCCCGCGCCGCGCCUGGACCACGAAGGACGUGAGCGACGCCCAGCCGUUUCUCACGGGCUUUCGCAUCGAGCAGGCGACGCACGGCGUCUUCAACGCCGAGGACGGCGUCCCCGAGGUGAUGGUCGGCUCCGAGGUGACGCUCCGCCUCUUCGGCUCGGGCUUCCGCACCGACGCCGAGCUGGGCGUCACGUACACCGAGUCCGAGCAGGGCGAGGACUGCAGGGACUUCUACCCGGGCUCGCAGUACUUCAAGGUGGGUGUCGAUGGCGGCGGCGGCGGCUGCGGCGCCCGGUUUGUGUCCCCCACAGCGCGCGCGUGGCCUUAUUUGGAGGUGGGUAACAUACACACGGGUACCGAGAAGGAGCGCGGCUACGCCAAGGCCGUCCUCCCCGUCCGGAACACGGGCAACUUCCUCCUGUGCAGUAUCCUGCUGGGCAACGUGGCCGUCAACUCGACGCUCACCAUCCUCAUGGACGACCUGACGUCCGGGCUGGUGGCCGUCAUCUGCUCAACGCUGGCCAUCGUGGUGUUCGGCGAGAUCACCCCGCAGGCCAUCUGCUCGCGCCACGGCCUGGCUGUGGGCGCCAAGACGAUCCACAUCACCAAGCUCUUCAUGGCCCUCACGUCACCGCUCAGCUUCCCCAUCUCCAAGAUCCUGGACUGGUGCCUGGGCGAGGAGAUCGGCAACGUGUACACACGCGAGCGCAUCAAGGAGCUGGUCAAGGUCACGACAGAGUUCAACGAUUUAGAGAAGGAUGAGGUCAACAUAAUUGCUGGUGCUCUUGAGCUCCGGAAGAAGACUGUGGCAGAUGUCAUGACCAAGCUUGAAGAUGUGUACAUGUUACCAUACGACUCCAUACUGGACUUUGAGACUGUUUCUGAGAUUAUGAAAUCAGGAUUCUCUCGAGUGCCUGUUUUUGAAGGAACACGUACCAAUAUUGUCACAAUGCUCUACAUAAAGGACCUUGCGUUUGUGGACCCUGAUGAUGAGACGCCUCUCAAGACCUUGUGUCAAUUCUAUAAAAAUGAGUGCAACUUUGUUUAUGAGGACACCACACUGGAUGUCAUGUUUAAACAGUUCAAGGAUGGUAUCAAGGGCCACAUGUCUUUAGUGCAUAGAGUAAACAGUGAAGGUGAAGGUGAUCCUUUCUAUGAAACAGUUGGUCUUAUAACUUUAGAGGAUGUCAUUGAGGAGCUAAUCCAGGCUGAAAUUGUUGAUGAAACUGAUGUAUUCACUGACAACAGAUCCAAGAAGCGCAGAAAACAGAAUCUUAAACAAGAUUUCACAAUGUUCUGUGCACGUAGAGACAACCAACGUAUUCAGAUAUCUCCUCAGCUUACGUUAGCUACCUUCCAGUACCUGAGUGCUAGUGUUGAAGCCUUCAAGCCUCACAACAUUUCAGAGACAAUAUUGCGCCGCUUACUUAAACAUGAUGUAAUUUUCCACAUCAAAGUAAAAAACAAGGAAAAGGCUAGACAAGACCCUGCAACUGCCAUAUAUCAACAAGGCAAACCAGCGGACUACUUUGUACUUAUUCUGGAAGGAAGGGUCGAAGUGACUGUAGGAAAGGAGAAUCUAAUGUUUGAAAGUGGCCCCUUUACUUAUUUUGGUACUCAAGCACUGAUGCAGAGUGUGAAUAUGGUUGAGUCACCAUCCAUACCUACCAAUAUGGGUAGUAUGCAAUCAGUGAACUUGGACGUCAUGCUCCGCCAUACAUUUGUGCCUGAUUACACUGUUCGAGCUGUCAUGGAUGUUCUCUAUGUCCGGGUCAGGAGAGCUGCAUACUUGGCUGCGAAACAAGCCACUUUAAUGGCCUUGAGUAGAAAGGACUCAACAGAUGAGCAUUUCGAUGAUGAAGUUGAAAAGCUACUUAAGACAAUGGAUGAUGAUGAGGCAAGGUGUCGAAAUGAAAACCAUGAAACCCAGAGCCUAGCUGAGAAAUCUUCUUUGCACAAGAGCUCACAAGCAAAUACUAUUUCUGCUUCUGCUCCAAACAAAGAAACAAGCCCCAAUGGCAGCAUUCAUUCUCCUGUAAGUCCUGGUAAGCAAAGGACAGCACUUUCGAGAAGUAACAGCCAGAGCAAAUCUGUUUCCCCUAGUGGUGACAAGAAAACCAGAGUGGAAGACAACAUUGAUGAAAUGAAAUCAUUAUUGCCUCAAGAAUAAGAUGUGUGCUAGUGUAAUGCAGUGCAUUUAUCUUUUGAACUGGUACAUUUUUCAAAUUGCGUGGUAUGGUUAAUCCAUUUAGCAAAAAAGAUGAGAAAAAAGUCAUCUAGAUGUGAAAAUACACUUGAUAAAUUAGGUGAAAAGAAAACUGCUCUUAUAUAUGAAGAACAUAUCAGGUAUGAUGUGAGUCUGAAUCACAUUGGGCCAAUUUAGGAGUUUGAACUAAAACUGAUUCUCUCCGAAGCUCCUUCAGAGUGCUCGAUACUGACCCAUCAACAUCAACUUUACCAAUUUCUUUCUAUCUAUAAUGUUUUAAUUUAAUGCUAUUGAUUUCUUUUUAAUAUAUAUUCUUAUUUUUAUUAGACUAUUGUGAAGCAAAUAAGCCAAAGAACAUACCUUUCCCUCCUUUUUUGUCAUUUUAAAAUGUGUUUCCUAUAUUGAAGGUUUUAAAAUAUGAUUUUCUAAAACAAGUGGUUCUUAGAUUGUUAUUUCAUGCAUGCUGAUGGCUUUUAAAUGGUCCCUCUAGCUUUUGGAGAAAAUAUAUGGAUCUUAAGAUGUGUGCAUCAGCACAAACCUGUUGUACCUGUAGUUGUAUUUGUGGCUAUUCUUUUAGUUAGAUGGCAGAUUCUGCUUUAAUUACCUAAGAGCUGUAUGGCGAAGCUUCUUAUGUCAUUUUUAUUGUGAUGUAUACCAUGGGUAUUCUUCCCCUUGUCCCACGUGUAUUCAUUGGAAACAAAAUUGGUGCUAUGUUGCUAAAUAGCAAAUUCUACCAAACUGGGGAGGUCCAAGAUGUUCCUAAAGUAAAAGAAGAGAAUUAUCGUGAAAAAGAUUUGUUGUUAUUAGUCUUCAAAUUUUACAAAUCUUGGAUAAUGUUUGUUAAAUUGUUGUCUCGCUGUUGUAUUACUCUUCCGGUGUAGGAAGGGUUGCUGCCAAACAAACUAUUACUGUACCCAGUGAUGUCAAUAGCUGUACAGACUUAAGAACAGUAGCCUAUUCUGUACCGUUACUUGUGUGAUAACCUUAUCUCAUUCAUUAUUUUUUUUAUUGGCUUAAAAAGACCGAUGUGGUAUUGUGAUGCAUUUAAGUUUGUCAUCAUUUUAAAAGCAUCCAUACUUAUUUAAUCAAACCCAGGACUUUAGUGUAUUCUGUAGAGGAAAGGUAGUAUCAGUAUAUUUUCAAUAAUUUAUUUAUGUAGUAUUAUAUUUGAAGGGAGAUGAUUGUAUUGCUCAAAAGUGUACGACCAGGUAAUUGAAGAGAGUGUAUCAUGUAGCCAGUACUGUACUUAAAGGAUUUGCCUAAUGUUGCUUUAUGUUGCUGACAGGAAAAUGUUAACACUUUCUUAUAGAGAAAUAUUUUUUAUAAGUUUUAAAAGCACAGAUACGCUGACAAUGGUAUUUGUCAUACCAUUGUUUGUGCAUUUAAUUCUCCCUAAAAUGUAUAGCUCUGAAAAGUUAUUUAAUUAUGUUCACAUUUUAGUUAAAGAAAUGUGGAAAUCUAUUUGUAUUAGCUCAUCAUCCAUUAUUUUUAAUUAAUUUUGAACAGCUUGACAUUUGUUUCAUGCAAAAGUGCCUUCUUCCUUCAAAAUGUGUGUUAAUAUUACUUAAGUUUUGCAUUGCCAGUAAGCCAGUGGCAUUUUGACUGCUUUUAGCUGUGCAUUUAUGUUUCAUUUAUAGUUUCAGAAACUGAAAGCCCCUGGGCAGGGUAUGUUAGAUAAAACAGGGUUGAUUUAGUACAGCAAGUAGGUGUGGAAGUAAUAUUGUUUUGUUUUUGAACCAUCAUUUUUUCCUUUCAUUCUCUUGUUACUGAGUCUUGUGGAAGGCAAGAAACUUAACAUUUUUGUACCCCGCCAACAACCAAUAUACGUAACUUAGCGUAAAAGUAAAAGAUUUGUAUGGAAAGGGGUACAUAUUUUUAGAGCCAUCCUCUGUGAUGGAAGAAGUUUAUCAGUAUAGUCUAUUGUUGUUGUUAAAUGUUGUUAUGUUGUAUUUUUUAUAUAGUGAGGCCUGCAGCAGGUUAUUAAUUAUUGUGUGCGGUUUGAAAUACUCAACCUGCUUCUAAUAUUAAGUUACUUCUCAGGCAAUCCUUCAUGCUAGAGUUUUAGCAUACAUAAUGUGAGUAGUGUAUUAAAGAGAAAGCAUUUUGAGUGCAUUUGUAACUUCUGAAAACAUCGAUUAGGGCACCAACCCAGAAACUGCAGCAAGAUGUAUAAUUGCUACUAUUUAAAUCAAAGUUACGAAAGAUAAUUUAAUCCUGUUAAUGUUUUGUAUUGUCAUAAAAGCAUUUGUUGAACAAUAUAUAUUGAAAAUAACAAGUUUUCUUUCCAUUUUA